UUCGGCACGCUAGAUUCGGCAUUCGUGGCAUAUGCCGAACCAAAGCCGUCACCGCCUUUCCCACAGCACCAAGCAAGCAAAGAUGCAGUUUGCCCUUGACCGCUUCUGCCUCGCCCAGUUUGAGGAUCCAGCGCACCAAGGGACGCAGCUACGCUGGGACAAGGCGGACUUCGAGCGACGCAUCAACUGCGCGUUUGCAGCCGGCGAUUGCGCACUCGUCGACGGCUAUGCACCGUUCUGCAAGCACCUCUUUGUGCCCAACUUUACGGACGCGCUUGUGAGCACGGCCGCCAUCACCGACGCCAACAAGUGUCACUUGCGCAGUGCAUACGUGGCCCGCGCCGAGCACGAGCUGCCCGUGCUCACGCGGUGGUUUCCUGCGGACGUGGUGCCACCGACCGUCGCAGCGUAUCUGGACGUGAUUCUCUACAGCCGCGGCCAAAUCCGGCUCGAAAAUGCAGCGACGGGGCACGCAAACGACCCGAGAAGCGACACCGCGCCGUGGGGCAUCAUCUACAUCAAGGCGCAGGACGUGCCGUACGAGCUGCCGAUGGACCCGAUCACGAUCCUGCGCAAUGCACUCGGCAAGGCGGAGGGCGGGUCCGGCGUACCACUAAACCGCGACGCAUAUGCAGCGUCGGUCGCCUACUGGUCGCAGCAUGCCACAAUCCAACGCGAUGACGCGUAAGUUUCGUGUAAAAACGACUCUGUAUGGACACUAUUGUCUGUGGGUCAAAUGCCAACGAUGGUCCACUUGAGGGGUUCUUGGAGCGACGACUCGAAGACCCACGUGCACUGGUCGUCGCGCACUGAUGGCUCCGAGAGCUCUUCUCCGUUGACGACGCCCGUCGUGAGAAUGUGCUCUUCGGUGUAAAAGAGCACGUGCAAUCGCACCGACUUGGCAUCGUCAGCGAGGUCGACCGCGUCCAGAUGGGCGCCCUUGAUCUCGAGGUGCGUGAGUUCAAAGCCGGUGGCGCCAUUCGCACGCAGCGCGGUGAAGCCGUCGAUGAAGAUCUGGACGCACUCGGGGCUCAUGAUCGUGUGCAGGAACGCGAGCUCGUCGGUCGGCGCAGUGGUCUUGGUCGGCGUCGUCACGGCCUCGAAAAAGGCCCGCGAGUAGAGCGUCGAGAGCACGGUGUGCAUCGCGUCCUUGGCGCCGGCCAGAAAGUCGGGAAUGUCGUACGCCGAAGUCGACGCAGGGAACGCCGUGUGGAGCACUGUAAACAUGUUAAACUUGGUCAAGAACCAGAGCUUGGGCGAGAAGACAUCGGCAUUAUCCCACGCCCGGAACCGAU